UAUUUUAAAUAUUCGAACUGAAGGAAUUCCCGCCCUAGCGCAAGGAUACAUUCUCAUCUAAGCACGCAGUGGGGCUGCUGCGCGCGCCAAAGGAAUCACUCGACCUUCAGUUUCACGCAACGGUCAAUCUUCGAUGUGAGGUGAAAAUAAGCAGAUAACUUCUGUAAGACUGGUAGUGAGUGAAAUAUUAACAGUAUGUCCAACACAUGUUAAAAAACACAUCACUGAGAUUGCACGGAAGAUGGCCAUGGCUUAUCCUGAAGCAUUCAAAGAUAUUAUUGAAGGGGAAGUUGUUGGAAGUGGGUAUGAUUCAGUCAUCAAACAGCUGAUUAACAGACUGGACAAUGUGAGGAGAGGAAAGACAUCACUUUCUUUAAAGAGACAAGCAGCUGGCAAAAGUGAAGAAGAUACUUUGUGUAGAAAGAAGAGACUAACGUUAGAUAGCUACGGGUGUAAAAACUGGCAACCAGUGCAGCUACCAGCUAAUGAAACGCCUGACACCCAGAUAUCUGUAAAGCAGGAAAUGAAGAAAAUGAAAAAAGAACAGUUCCAUGAUGCCAAAAUUGUUGAGAAUAUGAUGAGGGCCACCUUCUUUACUCAGCGAAAAGACAUCAUAAAUGGGGUUGAAACCUCUGAUCUGUUGCACGAAUGGCCAUAUUUGUUUGAAACAUCUGGCAUGAUGUCUCACUUUAAAGAGCUAACUGCGAUAGACUUUGAAGACAAAACUAUAGCAAGUAAGUGUGCUAGAGUUGUUUCAUACUUCAGAUGUACUGACAAGACAGCAAAGAUGCAGACCAUCUUCAGGGAAAUGGAAAAAUCAAGCAAGAACGUGGAUGAUAUCAACGCUGCUGGAUUUCUUCAGCUACUUCUCAAGUACUUCAGCGAGAGAGAGGACCAGAUGUUCCAUAAAGUGGAUCAAACAACCUUGCCAUCUGAAGUAGACUGUGCCAAACUUCCUAGUACACCCUGCAUAAUUGUGUGUGGAAGUUCACCUUUGACCGCAGAGAACUUCAUGUUUUCUGUUGACCAAGUCGUCGUUAACGGCCACAUCACCAUCUUCUGUGAUGCUCUGAAGUUGAUGUUUGCUUCAUAUUACUGUUUGAACAUUUCAUACCCAGUAGACCAAGGAGGAACGCUAGAGUUUGUGCAAAGAUGCCUUUUUAAGAUGAACCCCGAGAAGGGAUCAAAAGUGGAGAAAACAACAUCAAGAAAGCAAUCAGCAGUCAGUCCAAAGGUUCUUUCACUGAUUAGCAAAAUUGCAGACUAUGAAUGGAUGGAUUAAAAACUUUUAAGUGUCAGAUCUUCCAUUGACUUAAAAUACUGAUAAUUUUCUUUCGUGGUUGAAUUAUUUGUUGCUGUCUGUACACACACACACACACACACACACACACACACACACUCAUAUGACAGCACAUGGUUGAGAUCCCUGAUGUUAAGAUGCCGUUCGUCUGGGAGUCGUCUCUUUCUGUUCUGUGUAGAACGGAUGCUUCCUGAACUCUACAGCUACACAUACACAUCUGACUGAUGUUAUUAGUGCACUGAGGAUCAGUCUGAGGAUUGAGUUGUGAGCAUCAGAGUGUUACUUUACUAUCAUCUCUACACUAUUAGAGCAUAUAUCUGUUGUCGAGGUGAAUAAUUUCUUCACAGGUGGUUCAGUUAAAUUAAAGGACAAUUUUAGUAUAAAUUGUUGUUUACCAACAUUGUUUUUACUGUGUGCUGUUGCAUUUAUGAUUUUUUUUAAAUAUUUUUAUUCUGUUUUGGCCAUGAACAAAAUGAAUUGUAAUAUUGUUGAAGUUAUGAUUAUUGGAAAAUCAUUGAACUUGUGCUAUAAUCUUUAUACUUGUAUAUUGUUGCAGUCUUGAAUAUAGAAUAUUAAGAGUAAAUUGCAGUUUUGAACAAAAUGUAUUGGUAUGUUCUUGCAGAUAGGGCAAUAAAUUAUUAAAACACUAUCUUGCACCUAUGUCUGAUUAUUUAAAUUAAAGCAGUGUUAAAUAA